AUGGCACUAACUCAGGAUGGCGUUUUGUUGUUUUUGAUGGUGCGUGGCGGAAAAGUGAAGAACACGGAGCUCGUGAGCGCAUUCAUGGCGCACAUCAGCUGCAGUGAGCUGGAGGAAAGAAAACGCAACAGGGAUCUGUUUAAGAGUUUCGUCAACAAUGUGGCUGUCGUGAAACAGGUCCAUGACGUCAAAUAUGUCGUUGUGAAGAAGAAAUACCAAGAGAUGAUCUCCAUAUCAUCAUCACCACCAUCAUCCACAACACUAUCCAGAUGUGGGUCUUGCUCCAUAACCAGUGCAGAUGUUUUAAAUAACAAUUCCUGGUUUUGCACAAAUCCACAUCGCUGCUACAUUAACACUUCUCAAGAUUUCAUCUCCAAACAACAGCUUCAAACUGGAUCAACUGCGAUUACUCCAGUCACUCCAUCCGGCCAGGACGAAGCGUUGACCUCUCUUGUCCUGAAUGUAGCUAAUAAUACCAGAAAGAGCAAACUGGGGGCUGUUUUUGCUGUUGUGGCAAUAAAACCACUGCCUUGUUCACACUCUGAGAAGAUAAAACUCAACCACAGUGUCGAGAUUCCACCAGAGCAGGAGUUAAUCAAAACUAUAGAAACUGGAAAGACUCUGCCCUACCUGAACCACAAAGCUGAUCUCAACAAAUCACCAAGAAUCAAAAGGAGACAGACGGUGAGGUCAAGUUCACCAGCACCAAAAAGAGGAAGCAAAGUUGUUAACGCAAGUUUGGGUGCCAAGGACUCAUGUUCGAUCCGUCUGGAGCCACGAGAACACGAGUGGCUUGUAAAGUCAGCGACAGGGUGCUGGAAUCAACUCUACAACCUCCUGGUGCAGGACGUCCACCUGACAGAGAAGAGAAACUUCAUAUCUGGCUUUACAGCUCUUCACUGGGCUGCUAAACAUGGAAACAGCAAAAUGGUGCGCCGGAUCCUUGACGUUGGCAAAAAAGUUGAUGUGAACAUCAAGAGCCAUGAUGGUUACACAGCUCUGCAUGUCGCUGCCAUUCACAGCCAUGAAUCAGUCUUACAUUUACUGGUGCGCGAAUAUGGUGCUAACUGUAACAUACGGGAUAACAGUGGCAGAAAGGCAUAUCAGUACUUGCGCAAAGAUCUGUCGGCUGAAGUGAAAGAGCUGCUCGGAGACCCUGCCGUGUCGUGUCAGGUCACAGAACACGCCUGCUCAGAUGAGCAACAUGUUUCAGAUUUGUUUAAAAACCUCAACACAUUCGGUAAACUAUUUCAAGCCAGUGUGAGACGCAGAAAGAAAUCCAGACCUCGAUCAAGCUUCGAACAGGAAGAAACCAAGAACGACUGCACCUUCGACCACAAACACAAAUAA